CGUAUCCUUUAGAAGCUAGUUUUGUUUAGUUUAGAUAAUAGCUUUUUUAUCGUGCCUAUUGUCAAAAUAGGAGCUGUUUUACAUUUUACAUUUCCACAAGCACCGAGACUGUCACCACUGAUUGCGUAGCAGUUUGUUUCACGUACUCAAUCGCUUACUUACCACUGUUCACAGCUGAUUGACAUUUGAUAACAAACAUUCCGGCCGUGAUGUGGAUUGCUUACGCCCUAGUGGUCCACGUACUGCUCCUCGGCUCCAUAUUCGUGAUAUACUUCCGCUCACCGGUGAUCACGGGCCUUACUCCCCAGAAACCACUUUUGUAUUACGGAUUGGAAGCGCCUGCGAAUCGUUUGGUGCUGAUUGUGACCGAUGGCUUCCGUGCCGCCUCCUUCUUCGAGGAGAACUGCCGUUAUGUACCGCAUCUACGCGAGAUCUUCUUGCGCGAAGGCGUGGUGGGCGUGUCCCGCACACGUGUGCCCACGGAAACCCGACCCGGACACAUAACUCUUAUAGCUGGUCUGUAUGAGGAUCCGUCGGCAGUGCUGCGUGGCUGGAAAAAGAACCCAAUUGCUUUUGAUACUUUGUUUAACCGGAGUUCAGAGACUUACGCUUGGGGCGCCGACGAUGUUAUCAGUGUGUUUUCCAGUCUGUCCAAAACCAAAAUGCAUAUCCGCUCCUACACCGACGAUCUGGACUUUUCGCCAGGCUACGAUGCCUACGAACAGGACGAGUGGGUGUUCAAGCGCGUCAAGUUGCUCCUCCAACAACAGAGGCUACCCCUGCAACGACUCAAAGGUGGGGUGUUCUUUCUGCACCUCCUGGGACUGGACACCGCCGGUCAUGUGCAUAAGCCGGGAGCUCCGAAGUUUCGCCAGACUGUGGAUAAAACGGAGACAGGAGUUUACCAGAUAUAUGAGGAGUUUGAGCGAAUUUUUCCCGAUAAGCGAACUGCUUACUUAGUCACUGCUGAUCAUGGAAUGACUGAUUCGGGUGCCCAUGGUGCUGGUUCGCCACAUGAAACGGACACGCCUUUUGUGCUUUGGGGCGCUGGAGUUUCACGCUCGGUUCCCAAUCCUGAAGGCCGAACAUUUAUGCCGAACAAUGAAGGACCUGCUAUGCCACUGUACGAACUGGAGCAGGCACAACUGACACCCUUGAUGUCCGCCUUGGUGGGUCUACCACCGCCAAUGAACAAUUUUGGAACGUUGCCAUUAGGAUACUUGAAUGUCAGCAAGGAGUACGAAGCCGUGGCUUCGCAUUUAAACGCUUUGCAGCUUUUGGAGCAGUAUGUGGCACUUCAGGAGCAGCAUAAGAAAGGUUUUUUCGCUGCAGUCUUAUCCGAGUUUGAUAUUCUUACAACAGAAGCAGUCAAAAGAUACAAAGAUGAAAUUUUAAAGCUGCACAAAAACAGAGAGUACAUAAAUUCUAUGUCGAGAAGCCAACUCGUAAUGUUGCAAGCCCUUGAAGGCAUCGAUUACUACCAUGGGUACUACCGUAGAGCGCUUUUAAUAAGCACCACUUUCUCCUUUCUGGGAUGGAUAUUCUAUCUAUAUCGCCUGCUCUCGAGGAAUAGGGCAGGUAAAGUGGAGUUACUCCUUGAAAAGAGCACUAAAAUGGUGAGAAUAAGCCUUGGAUGUUUUGUGAUCCUGCUAGUUAUUUUCCUGCUGAGCCAACGAACACCGCUGGAUACAUCCUUCUACCUGCUGCUUCCAAACUUCAUCUGGCUUAAGGCUUUGCAACCUUGGAACCUCAACUUCAGUUCCUCGCCAGCUUCAGCUUAUAGCGCUCCAGCCUUGAAGACCACCGUUUGGCAGCUUGUGUUAAUCAUUGCUUGCGCGGAGCUCAUGGUCUUUACUUUCUUUGAGCGUCGCCUGAUCUCGCUCAGUUUCUUCGCCUUCGCCAGCUACUAUGGUUGGAGCAAUUUUCAAAGGAAGAGCAAGGAAUUUUUCUCCUGGCUGGCAUUGGUGGUGAUCCUUUCCUGCUUUCCCUUACUGCCACUGUCAGUCGGUUAUCAGAAUGGAUAUCUACUUGGAGCUGGAGUUAUCACGAUCCUUAUGAACUCACUUUGGAAUACGAAGUCUAGAUUAAGCUACAAAAAUCACACCAAAUAUUGUAAUGCCUUGAUCCUGCUACUGACCAUGGUGUGUGCUUAUCUCCACUCAAGUGAAUUGAAAACUCCUUUACCGUUGAAGUUAGCCAGCUGGUUGUUUCUGAUAUAUUCCUUCGCAUCCAUUUUGAAGAGCAAAGAAACAAGACUAGAACUGCGUCUGGCCCAGAUUGGCUUCAAUUUGGGAACGCUAUACGCAACACUGUGUACCUCAUAUGAGGCUGUAUUUGUCCAGUUGCUGACCAUAGAAUUAAACAUUUCUCUGAAGGCCCAGAAUGCGCAAGCAGAGAAGUCAGUGCUUCGACUAGCUUUCACCCUGCUGCUGUACACUUUUUUCUCGCUUUUCGGAUCCGGCAACAUAGCCUCUAUCAGCUCCUUUGAUCCCAACAUCGCUCGCUGCUAUCUCAGCCAUUUUUAUCCCUUUGUGAUUAUGGGUCUAGUGCUGCUAAAGCUUCUAGUCCCGGUUGUGCUGGUCAUGUCGGUGGUCUAUGCCCAGAGCGAGUUUGUCCGCCAGCACGAGGAGCAGAUCUUCAUUAGCCUGCUGCUCAUCUGCGAUGUUAUGGGUCUGAAUUUCUUGUUCUUGGUACGUAACCAGGGUUCCUGGUUGGACAUCGGUACGUCCAUAUCACACUUUGUCAUCAUGGAGGUGACCACGCUGGUGAUCCUUCUGCUAUUCUAUACCGCCAAGCAGCUGCUGCGAGUUAUUACGUGGGAUGAAGUUGACAUAAAACGGCUGCCACUACGUUUAAUCCACUGGGAUGUGAUUAGCGCCAAACAUCACUAG